AUGAGUAAGACUGAAGCUAAGGAGUCCGCCACUGACAAAAAGAAUUUGAACGAGUUUGAGCAGCAUUAUUUCAAUUCAUAUGACCAUUAUGGAAUCCAUGAAGAGAUGCUACAAGAUACAGUUCGUACCUUAUCCUACCGUAACGCCAUCGUCCAGAACAAAGACUUGUUCAAGGACAAGGUUGUACUUGACGUUGGUUGCGGUACAGGUAUUUUAUCCAUGUUUGCUGCAAAGAAUGGUGCUAAGCAUGUGAUUGGUGUGGACAUGUCAAGCAUCAUAGAAAUGGCUCGUGAAAUCGUUGAGUUGAAUGGGUUCUCUGACAAGAUUACCUUGUUGCGUGGUAAAUUAGAGGACGUUGAAUUGCCUUUCCCAAAAGUCGACAUUAUUAUUUCCGAAUGGAUGGGAUACUUUUUACUAUAUGAGUCUAUGUUGGACACUGUCCUUUACGCUCGUGAUCGGUACUUGGUCGAAGGAGGUUUAAUCUUCCCAGAUAAAUGUUCCAUUCACAUGGCAGGGAUAGAAGAUGCGGAUUACAAGGAUCAGAAGCUGAAUUAUUGGCAAAACGUUUACGGAUUUGAUUACUCUCCAUUCAUCCCCCUAGUGAAGAAGGAACCUUUAGUCGAUACGGUGGAGCACACCGCCGUAAAUACUACCAGGCAGAAACUAAUUGAAUUUGACUUAAACACUAUUAGUGUCAAGGACCUCGCUUUCUCCUGCAAAUUUCAGUUAGAUGCUAAGAACCAGGAUUUUAUUAAUGGUUUGAUUUGUUGGUUCGAUAUUGAGUUUCCAGCACCAAAGGGCAAGAAGCCAGUUACCUUCUCGACGGGUGCACACGCUCCUUACACUCAUUGGAAACAAACUGUUUUUUAUCUUGAAGACGAUUUGGAAUGUGAAGCCGGUGACGUCUUGGAAGGUACACUUACAUGUGCUCCAAAUCAACGCAAUAACAGAGAUUUAGACGUCAAGAUAUCUUAUCAUUUUAAGGCCAGUGGUGUCGAUGCAAAUGAAAGAUCUAGGAAGAACGAAAACACAUAUUUGAUGCAUUGA